CAUAAGCUUUAGAUAGCUUGCACUUACAUCUCUGUAUUCUUCUCUUCUCUGCUCCAAGAAAGAGACCCACUUUAGCUACUGCAAGCCACGGAACCGAACCAAACCCCACCGCUCCGCAACCACAUUCCGGCGAGAUGGCCGCCGCCGCCGCCGCCGCUAUAGGCUCAUCGUUCUCCACCUCCAUGCAGACCCUCAAGUGCGUCCGCUCCAACAACAACUGGCCCUCCGAUCCUCUCCUCCGAGUGGCCUCCACCAGCAGGGUGCUGCUGCUGCAAGUAGGACUAGCGUCUCAAUUUCAUCCCGCCGAAGUCCUCUCCUUCUCCCAGAAGUGGCGGAUCCCCAGGAUAUCCGCCGCCGUGGCGCAGGAGGAGGCGGCCGCCGCCGCCGAGGCCGAGAUGGAGGCGCCGCCGCCACCACCGGAGGAAGAGGGCGCCGCUGAUCCUGCGAACACCAAGCUUUACUUCGGCAAUUUGCCUUAUCAUUGUGACAGCGCUCAGCUGGCUGGAAUCAUUCAACAAUAUGCUAGUCCCGAACUAGUUGAGGUUCUUUACGACAGAGACAGUGGAAGAAGCAGAGGGUUUGCAUUUGUGACAAUGAGUAGCAUCGAAGACUGCAAUGCAAUCAUCCAAAAUCUUGAUGGAAGGGAAUAUGGUGGCCGGACCCUGAGGGUGAACUUCUCGGACAAGCCCAGGGCAAGAGAGCCUCUAUACCCAGAAACCGAGUACAAGCUCUUUGUUGGGAACUUGGCCUGGUCAGUCACCUCUGAGAGCUUGACACAAGCAUUCCAAGAGUACGGGAAUGUGGUUGGAGCUCGAGUGCUCUACGAUGGAGAAACAGGGCGGUCUCGCGGCUAUGGCUUCGUCUGCUACUUGACCAAGUCCGAGAUGGAUGCCGCCCUUGAAUCCCUUAAUGGAGUGGAACUAGAAGGCCGAGCGAUGCGAGUCAGCCUGGCGCAAGGGAAGCGGCAAUAGCAAUGGAAACACAAAUGUAAAGAUUGACUUGAGACAGACAGACCGACAGACAGAUCAAGGCUGGAUGGCAAUUGGCAAUGGCAUUGCUUCAAAUUCAACUAAUUUUGCUUUUGCACUUGUCUAUAGCUUUUCCACCUUCAUAUCCUUAAUUUCUUGGGACCCUUCUGUUUGAAAAGCCAUGUAAUUGCAUCUGUUGAUGAUGGCGAUCGAUGGCUGUUGUUGGCUGACAAGCCAUGUCCAUUUCAACCCUAUUUUCUGUUAAAUGCCGGUGUGAUGUGCUUGACAACAUUGUAAUGGCUUUUGAUUUUUGUACCAAGAAUCCCAAGCAACCCCACCCCCCCCCCCCCCCCCCCAAAAAAAAAAAAAAAAAAAACAUUUUUUACUCGAUUCAAUGGGUAUUCAACAAAUUUAUAUUUUUAUCCA